GCCGCCCGCUCCCGGCCCGGCGCGCUCCCCAUGGCCCUCGGGCCGCCGGCCCCGCGCCCAGCCCCGCGCAGCGCCCGCGGGGGACACGAUGCCCAACGGCCCCGGCCGCGGCCAGACUCUUAAGAUGUCCCUGCCCCGGAGGUCGUGGACCCGCACGUCCGUAGGACCUGUUCGUUCUUCUUCGGGCUACAAGAAGGCAGAUGAUGAGAUGUCCCGGGCCACGUCUGUUGGGGACCAGCUGGACGCACCAGCCCGCACCAUUUACCUCAACCAACCGCAUCUCAACAGAUUCCGUGACAACCGGAUCAGUACGGCCAAGUACAGCGUGUUGACGUUUCUACCUCGAUUCUUGUAUGAGCAGAUCAGGAGAGCUGCCAAUGCCUUCUUCCUCUUCAUUGCCUUAUUACAGCAAAUUCCAGAUGUUUCUCCAACAGGAAGAUAUACCACCCUGGUGCCAUUGAUCAUUAUUUUAACAAUCGCAGGCAUCAAAGAGAUUGUAGAAGAUUUUAAGCGACAUAAGGCAGACAAUGCAGUUAACAAAAAGAAAACGAUAGUGUUAAGGAAUGGUAUGUGGCAUACCAUUAUGUGGAAAGAGGUAGCCGUGGGAGACAUCGUGAAGGUCGUCAACGGGCAGUGUCUUCCCGCAGAUGUGGUCCUGCUGUCCUCCAGUGAACCUCAGGCAAUGUGUUAUGUUGAAACAGCCAAUCUCGAUGGGGAGACGAACCUUAAAAUACGUCAGGGUGUGAGUCACACGGCUGACAUGCAGGUGAGGGAGGUGCUGAUGAAGUUGUCUGGGAGCAUAGAGUGUGAAGGGCCCAAUCGCCACCUCUACGAUUUCACCGGAAACUUGAACUUGGAUGGGAAAAGCCCUGUUGCCCUUGGGCCCGACCAGAUCUUAUUACGAGGUACACAGCUUAGAAACACUCAGUGGGUGUUCGGCAUAGUUGUUUAUACUGGACACGACACCAAACUCAUGCAGAAUUCCACCAAAGCGCCUCUCAAGAGAUCGAAUGUGGAGAAAGUAACUAAUGUGCAGAUCCUGGUACUCUUUGGCAUCCUCCUGGUCAUGGCCUUGGUGAGCUCGGUGGGAGCCCUGUACUGGAAUGGGUCUCAAGGAGGAAAGAACUGGUACAUCAAGAAGAUGGACACGAGCUCAGACAAUUUUGGAUAUAACCUGUUGACCUUCAUCAUCUUGUACAACAAUCUGAUUCCCAUCAGUCUACUGGUGACCCUCGAGGUUGUGAAGUACACACAAGCCCUCUUCAUAAACUGGGACACAGAUAUGUAUUAUCUAGGAAAUGACACUCCUGCCAUGGCCAGGACAUCAAACCUUAAUGAAGAGCUUGGGCAGGUAAAAUACCUGUUUUCUGACAAAACUGGAACUCUUACAUGCAAUAUCAUGAACUUCAAGAAGUGUAGCAUUGCUGGGGUAACCUAUGGUCAUUUUCCAGAAUUGGCAAGGGAACCAUCAUCAGAUGAUUUCUGCCGGAUACCUCCUCCGCCUAGUGACUCAUGUGACUUUGAUGACCCCAGACUCCUGAAGAACAUUGAGGAUCAUCAUCCCACAGCCCCCUGCAUCCAGGAGUUCCUCACCCUCCUGGCCGUGUGCCACACCGUGGUCCCCGAGAAGGACAGAGAUAACAUCAUCUACCAGGCCUCCUCCCCAGAUGAAGCUGCUUUGGUGAAAGGGGCUCGAAAGCUGGGCUUCGUCUUCACAGCCAGAACGCCCUACUCUGUCAUCAUAGAGGCCAUGGGACAGGAGGAGACAUUUGGAAUCCUUAAUGUCCUGGAGUUUUCUAGCGACAGAAAAAGAAUGUCUGUAAUUGUGCGAACCCCUUCAGGACAGCUUCGACUCUAUUGUAAAGGGGCUGAUAACGUGAUUUUUGAGAGACUUUCUAAAGAUUCAAAAUACAUGGAGGAAACACUAUGCCAUCUGGAGUAUUUUGCCACGGAAGGCUUGCGGACCCUCUGUGUGGCUUACGCCGACCUCUCUGAGAGUGAUUAUGCAGAGUGGCUCAAAGUCUACCAAGAAGCCAGCACCAUCUUGAAGGACAGAGCUCAGCGGCUGGAAGAGUGUUACGAGAUCAUUGAGAAGAAUUUGCUGCUGCUUGGGGCCACAGCCAUAGAAGAUCGUCUUCAGGCAGGCGUGCCAGAAACCAUAGCAACUCUGUUGAAGGCAGAAAUUAAAAUAUGGGUGUUGACGGGCGACAAACAAGAAACUGCAAUUAACAUAGGCUAUUCCUGCCGGUUGGUGUCACAGAACAUGGCCCUUAUCCUUCUGAAGGAGGAUUCUUUGGACGCCACGCGGGCAGCCAUUACUCAGCACUGCGCUGACCUUGGGAGUCUUCUGGGCAAGGAGAACGACGCGGCCCUCAUCAUCGACGGGCACACCCUGAAGUACGCGCUGUCCUUCGAGGUCAGGAGAAGCUUCCUGGACUUGGCCCUCUCGUGCAAAGCGGUCAUAUGCUGCAGAGUGUCCCCUCUGCAGAAGUCGGAGAUAGUGGACGUGGUGAAGAAGCGGGUGAAGGCCAUCACCCUGGCCAUCGGGGACGGUGCCAAUGACGUCGGGAUGAUCCAGACGGCCCACGUGGGUGUGGGCAUCAGUGGCAACGAGGGCAUGCAGGCCACCAACAACUCGGAUUACGCCAUCGCACAGUUUUCCUACUUGGAGAAGCUCCUGCUGGUUCACGGCGCCUGGAGUUACAACCGGGUGACCAAGUGUAUCCUGUACUGUUUCUACAAGAACGUGGUCCUCUACAUCAUCGAGCUUUGGUUCGCCUUCGUUAAUGGAUUUUCUGGGCAGAUUUUAUUUGAACGUUGGUGCAUUGGCUUGUACAACGUGAUUUUCACGGCGCUGCCCCCCUUCACUCUGGGCAUCUUCGAGAGGUCCUGUAGCCAGGAGAGCAUGCUGAGGUUCCCGCAGCUCUACAAGAUCACCCAGAACGCCGAGGGCUUCAACACCAAGGUUUUCUGGGGUCACUGCAUCAACGCCUUGGUCCACUCCCUCAUCCUCUUCUGGUUUCCCAUGAAAGCGCUGGAGCACGAUACUGUGCUGGCCAAUGGUCAUGCCACAGACUAUUUAUUUGUUGGAAAUAUCGUUUAUACGUAUGUCGUCGUUACUGUUUGCCUGAAAGCCGGUUUGGAGACUACAGCUUGGACAAAAUUCAGUCACCUGGCCGUCUGGGGAAGCAUGCUCAUCUGGUUGGUGUUUUUUGGCAUCUACUCAACCAUCUGGCCCACCAUUCCCAUCGCUCCAGAUAUGAAAGGGCAGGCAGCCAUGGUCCUGAGCUCUGCGCACUUCUGGCUGGGAUUAUUUCUGGUUCCUACCGCGUGUCUGAUGGAAGAUGUGGUGUGGAAAGCGGCCAAGCACACCUGCAAGAAAACACUUCUGGAGGAGGUGCAGGAGCUGGAAAGGAAGUCCAGAGUGAUGGGAAGAGCGAUGCUCCGGGACAGUAACGGAAAGAGGACCAACGAGCGAGACCGGCUGCUCAAGAGGCUGGGCAGGAAGACGCCACCCACCCACUUCCGGGGCGGUUCCCUCCAGCAGUCAGUGCCACAUGGGUACGCCUUCUCGCAAGAGGAGCACGGGGCCGUGACCCAGGAAGAAAUAGUCCGCGCCUACGACACCACCAAACAGAAAUCCAGGAAGAAGUAAGACGUGGUCUCCAGGUGGAGCCUCCGAAAGAGAUGGUCUGCUGCACCCAGUGUUAACACGUGCUUGUCAGAAGACACGGGUGUCAGUGGCCAGAACACCGGAAACACAUCCCGUGGCCUUAGCCCACCCAUUUGUUAGUUCUCGAUGCCCUCAGAAACCUGGACACGGGCCGCAGGGGAAGCCACCUUCCCCAUUCCCACUCGUCCAUCCGCAGUGCUUGGCCUGACUUUUGUUUACGCUGUUCCGAAGCAUUCAACUGUGCCCUGUGAGGUGUGAAAUUAAAAACAUUAUGCUUCACCAGUAUUUCAACAUCAGUCCCGGCGGUUCUGGGAGAAGACAGAGUGGGUUUCACGGUGCAUGAGAAACCCACCUGGUGGGGCUGCAGUGGGCACGCCGACUUCCUGUGUUGUCAACGCACAGAUUCGGUCCGUGGUCAGCGUGUAAACCUCACUGGAGGCAAGCUGCCAGCUUGCUUUGAUUCCCCCCUUUGUUUGUAUGAAGUUGGCAUAAACGUCCUGAUUGCAGUGAAAUCACAACAUAGAUAUCUGGGUGGUAAACCUGAGAACGAUUAUUGGAACCUCAGUCACAUUCCCAGCAGGGCGGGCCCGUCGGGGUCCCCAUGGUCCCUGCACCCUUGCUGCCCGGGCGCCCCACACUCAGACCUGCUGCAUGGCUGUUCCCACGCUUGGUGCAUGGUGGCAGCGGGCACUGCCCAGACCCCCGCCCUCCCUCCUUCUCCCCAGAUUCAGAUAUGGAUGCCAGAAACCCCUUCCUCUAUAACUAAAGAAACGUAGCGAUUCACGUAGAUUCUAAGUGUCUGUUCUAUCUGCCUCUUUCUGACGACAGGGGAGCCUGCAGGUCAGGGCAAUGGUGGAGCCGCUGGGGCCCUGCCCGCCUUGGUCAGGCUCUCAGAAGUCACUUCCCGGCCUCCAGACCCCUGGACCUGGGCACCUGCUUAAAUUAGAACCCACGCUUGUUCUCUUGGGAGCUCAGAGCACAUUUUGCCUUUUGAGUGAAUUUAUAGCACAUCAUCCCAACGAGGGCGCACACCUGUCGCUCCGGAAUCCGAGCCGAUGAGUAACCCAGUGGGGAGAGGGAGGGCCCCCGAGGCUGCUGAGGAAGACGACCGUUGGAGGGAGACACUUUUCCUGCAAAUCUCAGUAGAAAUUUCUGAAACCAAGCCCUGAAGCCCAGACAGUUGUCACGAUCAGCCUCAGGUGUCCAUGGACAUGGGUUUUAAGUGAACAGAACUCCAAACAUUUCAAGGAAGCAGCCUUCCUUACACUGACAGGUUUUCCUUCCUUAUCCAGCCAGUGCUAGGCGCAGGCGGCUCUCUGCACGUGAGGGGCCCCGAAUCUCAGCCGAGGAAGGGGAGUCGCACGUUCUGAAUGGGGACCGAACCCGGAGGCCCUGGGGCGGGAAAGCGGCACCUGGAGCCCUUCCUAAACGCCCGGUCUGGAGGCACGUCCUCUGCUCGCAGCUUUGGCGGCCGGACCAGAUUUGGGGAUUUGACUUAACUUCACCACUUCCGGGCAGCUGCUGCUGCUUAAAACGGCACGGCCCCCCUGGGGAGGGCUGAGCUAAGUCAGGAAAUGAAACAACAGGGCAUCCUGCUUCCUCCCCAUCAUUUCGGAGCACCCGCAUCUCACCGGGCAUGGAGAUAAUCUAGAGUAUGAUUUGCGUGGACCACAAAGACGAAUCCCCCGCUCGUGAGGUGACGGGGACCCAGAGAGGGCUCCAGGGCGAGCAGGACGACACAGCGAACAGGCAGGUCCAGUUGCCACUCCUCCCUCCCCAAGGUCUAAGGCAACUGAAACGCUGGAGCAGCCAGCAAGCUGAGUGGCUGAAGGACCGUCAUGCAGGAAUCACAGCAGAAUAUGUGCCUGUAAUUAACACAGCGGAGCAAGGUGGGCGCAGGGAUAAAGUCCUGAGUGCAGAGGAGACACGAACAUUCUCACGGAGUCCUGUGAGGCACCCUGACGAUUCAGUUUCAUUUGGGACCUAAGCCUAGUUGGAAAAGGGAAUUCAGACUCAGUUCUCGGUCAAACACUUGGCUCGUUCUUGAACUUAAAGCCUUCCGAAUCAGAUUUGUGAAUUACAGUGUGCGCUUAUCUGGGGCUUUUUGGUUUUUAUUUUUUACAUUAAAAUACAGUUCAGACUUUUGAGUAUUUUAAGUGUAUUUUCCAGUUCCCUUGAGAAGCAGACUAAACAGUCUUUGCAGUCAUGAAACAUGCACACAGAAGCAAGCAGUGGAGGGAUGCCUUUCUAUUUAUUCUCCCCUGUGAUUAAGCUACCUUGUAGCCAGAUGACUAAAUUGGGUUCUAGGAGGAACAGCUGUCACUACGUGUGAUGUAUGACGUUCAGCCGGGCCGACUCGGGGGCCGUGUCACUUGUCCUAUCUUUAAACUGAGGUCAGAGUGUCACACACAAGCGCUCCCCCGGGGAGUAGGGUGGGCCAGACUUAAGCUGCAUACUGUCAGCUCAGUGGAGAUGCCACCUGGGACUUGUCACUCUGCAACACACAAAGUGACACACGGGCUGGCAGGUCGGCACCGCGGAGCCAGACCCUGGACUGGGCUGAAGUGGCAGGUUCCACUCAGGGCCAGUGGCCUAGCCCGUAUCUCGGCAGAAUAUUCCAGGCUUCUUGACCAGUGUUACAUUCUCUCUUCUUGCCCUGUGCUUUGGAGAAAGGAGAUGCCGUUUCUUUAAAACUUGGAGUGAUACCCUAACACGCGAGCCUGGGCUUGCAGCUCACAGCUGAGAGCUCUGCUGGCCUUUCCUUCACCUGACAAGGCUUUAGGUCUUGCUGUAGGGAGCUGGCAGUGAGAAUCUGUAAUCACUUGUCAAGAAACAGUGAAUAACGAAAAAGUAAGUGUAAGUAACUAAUAUCUGAAAACGCACAUGGACAUACAUCACGGACUUUACGGUUGGAUGUUUUUUUUCUUAAAGAAAGCUCUAGUCUAUAAUCUCACCGUUAAAACAAUGACCCUUUAUCCUUUUGAACCAUAAGGAAGAGAAUAUUCUAUCAUAUUCCUGCCCCUGGAGAUGUAUGCCUUAGACCACAGGUUGAACAGAAUGUUUGCAAAACUCUGCUGUGGGAUAAGGUAGUCCUUGGUUUUGAACACGUGAAAGAACUACACACAGUUCAGCCAGGGUUUGAAUUACUGCCCAGGGUCAUUGUCCCAAAGUAAUUCAAGGAGUGACUUAGGCUCAGCAUUUGAAAUGUAGCCUUCAUCUCCCGGGAUCCAUAAAAUAAAAAACUUGAACAGGGGAAAAAACUGUGGUUAAGCAGAGCCUGAAAUAAUAAUAUGGCAAAGAAAUGAGUUACCAGGUCAAGUUAAAGGAUGGCAUCCCCCAUGGUAUUCAUUAAAUACUUCUUCAUGCAAAUGCUUAAGUUAGAAAGUGUAAUAGUGAUGGAGAGAGUGAAAAUAAAGACCUCCUCCAAAAAAAAAGGGGGGAAGCAAUACAGCGGUUGGCUUUGAGGCUGGUUCGUCACCGGCUCGAGGCAGUUCUUGGUCUCUGUCAGCCUUGGGGGAGAUUAUUUCACCUCACACUAGCCAUCUUUCCCUCUUGAAGAGCUAGGAGAACAGGUAGAAGAUUUUCCAGUGGGUCUCAGAGGUCAGGACCCAAGUUCCUCUGUAAUGACAUAUUAAAGUGUUCUUCCCAAAAGGAACAGACCUGGGAUACCCGACUCGACUUGACGUGUUGGACUCUUCAUUGAGUUUUUUUUCAGCAUCCCCAACUGUCCACUACCCACUUCCCUUCUCUUUUACAAGAGCUCCAUUUAAUGCCAGACUUCCAACUUGGGCUGUUUAAAGCACUCUUGGUUUGGUGGGUCUGAGUGAGGGGUGAAGGGAAAUCCUCUCAGUGGAAAGAAAGGUCUCCGAGCCCACACAGCUCUCAGGGGCCAGAGCUAAGAAACCACUGGGACUGCAGAAGAGGGGCAAGCUCCCCCGUUUCCCCACACCAAGCAUAACCCGCAGCUGUCACCCUGCAGAGCACCUCUGCUCCCCUGACCCAGGGGAGACAAGAGAGCCAUUCUUCUUACACCCAGGCUGGCUCAUUUUCAAGUGACAAUCUCUUGCCCUAGUUGCCUUAGAGAUAUCUACUCCCAGGCAUCAGACCAAGGAAAACAAGCUCCCAAGAUUAGCCCGACGGCAUUUCUCCUGACCUGGCUACGGAAAGGAGACCUGUUCGUUUUAAAAGUCGGGAACAAAGUGUCAGGUGGCUUUGAUUUACAACAGCAAGAGGAAGAAGAAUGUUGAAGGAAUGGCGCUAUCCAAAUAACCCUGCCCAGGAAACCCAGGGGUCAAGAGAGCUUAUCGAGAGCCUUUCACGGACCAGCUCGACAGUGUUGAGAAAGGGCCAGAAGGAGGAGGGACGCCUGAAGACCAGGAUGUGAAGCCACUUCCGAGGGCACUGGAGCCGGUCGUAUUCCUGAAGACAGCUGGGCGUGCAGCUCCAGGGAGAUCAGUAGACACCAGGUACAGAACUGAGAAGGAAAAAUCUGCCCUGUCAUACAGUCUCCCUCCUUCCAACGAGAUCCCUGCACUGGGGAACACUUUUUCGGCUUUUCAUUAAUAAACUCAAUCCAAGUCCUGACAGCCUUGCUCCGCCCUCCCUCUCCCGCGGGGCUGAACUGGGAGGCGGGCUGGGCCACUGCCCCCCAGCCUCCCCCCAGGGCCUGCAGCCGCAGUGGGCGAUGCAUCCUUCCUGGGCUGCUGUCUGAGCAUGCCAUGAUUGUGGUGUCUUCCUCAUGCAGGCAAAGCCACGUGCUCUCCUGUCUGCUGUCACAUCUGUGCUCGCAUCGCUGAAAUACCGUUUGCGCCAGGGAGGUUUUAAUCUGUCUAUGCAGAGGGAAGGGGGCAGUGGAGGCACGUUUAAUUGGCUCCCAGCAGAGCGGGCGGUGGGGGGGGGGAGCUUUUUUAUGGAGUCUGGGGUUCUGUUCCCUCCCUCUAGAAGUGUUACCAUUUUCACAUCCUAUUAACGUCCUCUGGUUGUUAAAUUACAGCAGCACAGAACAGUG